AGAAAACACUGAAAUAUGCCUAAACCGGGUGUACCUGACUUUGACAAUAAAACUAAGCAGAGUGCAUGGAAGGAAACUGCCAGGCAGAACUAUGCAGAUCUGGCAUACAGUUUGAGUCCCUCAUCUGAAGCCUCUAGCCAGAGCAAAAGUGGAGCUGAUAUGAAAGCCCAGGAGUCUAAGGACAUUGUGGUAACCUCUGAAGAUGGCAUCACGAAGAUCAUGUUCAAUCGGCCCUCCAAAAGGAAUGCCAUAACUUUACAGAUGUAUCAGGAGAUUAUGCUUGCACUUAAAAAUGCCAGCAGGGAUGACUCAACAAUAACUGUUUUCACAGGAGCUGGUGACUAUUACUGCAGUGGGAAUGACCUAAGUAACUUGAUUAGUGCCGCUGGUGAAAUCCAGGAGUUAGCUAUAAAGUGUGCUAUAGCACUGAGGGACCUGGUAAGCAGUUUUAUAGACUUUCCCAAACCUCUGGUUGCAGUAGUAAACGGCCCAGCUGUAGGACUCGCCGUCACCCUUCUGGGACUGUUUGAUGCUGUCUAUGCCUCUGACAAGGCAACAUUUCAUACUCCAUUUAGCCACCUCGGUCAGAGCCCAGAAGCAUGCUCCUCUUACACAUUUCCGAAGAUAAUGGGCCCAGCAAAGGCAACUGAGAUGCUUCUCUUUGGGAAGAAGCUCACAGCAAGAGAGGCCUGUGCUCAAGGCCUCGUCACUGAAGUUUUUCCUGACAGCACUUUUGAGAAAGAAAUCUGGACCAGGCUGAAAGCAUAUGCGAAGCUCCCACCAAUCGUUAGUAUUUGGUUUUUACUUGUGGGGAUGUGGAAAUCAUUUUUCAAAGGGAAAAUGUACUUUAGGAGGACAAAUCCUAAGAAGACAAGUCAUGGUAUGAAAAUUUCCAAAGAGCUAAUGAGAAAGAAUGAGAAGCAAAAGCUGCACGCUGUUAACGCUGAAGAGAGCACUAUCAUCCAGGAGAGGCUGACAUCAGAAGAGUGCUCGAACGCGCUCUUGAACUUCGUGUCCCGGAAAGUAAAACUGUGA